GGUUUUGGGAGGAGGGGGGAAGAGGGGAUGGAGGAGAUUGGGUACAGCAGUUGUGGGGCUGGUAAUGCUCUCAAUGCUCGUCCCCCUCGUCUUCUUACUAGGCCUCCACAGUGGCUUCCAAUCCAACGGUUAUAUUGGUGAAGAUAGAAAUUCUCCUCUGAAUGCUAGAUUCCCUGGAUUGGAUCCAUUGGUCUCUGAUCGAGCUAAGAACCAGAGAGGGGCUGUGAAGUCCGAUCACAUAAUUGAUGUCAUUCAGCAAUUAAGUUCACCGCUCGCUAAGGAUGUUUUAGGAAGCAUCUCUGUCAUUGAGGCUCAUAAUAGUACCACUAGCAGCACCAAUGCAAGAUCAGAUCAGGAACAAAAAGGGAAACCAGAUCCGGUGCAACUGCCUGAACAAGCUGAGGGCUCUAGUCCUCACAGAAAUACAGAAACAGAUGGAAUUGCAAAUGAUGGGGGAACUGAUCCUGCUAAAGCUAGUCUAAGCGAUGAGAUGGAGAAAGCAUGUGAGCAUGUGUUUGGGAGCUACUGCCUUUGGUCCAAGGAGCAUAAAGAGGAGAUGCAUGAUGCUGUGGUGAAGAAAAUGAAAGACAAGUUGUUCUUGGCCAGAGCUUACUAUCCGAGUAUUGCAAAGCAUCCACUGCGUGACAAGCUCCAGCGUGAAUUGAGGCAAAACAUUCAAGAAUUCGAACGGAUUCUCAGUGAAGCUAGUACGGAUUCUGACCUUCCUCAUAGUGUUGAGAGGAAGCUGCAGAACAUGGAAGGCGCCAUAGCCAAAGCAAAAACAUUUUCUGUGGAUUGCAAUAACAUAGACAAAAAAUUGAGACAGAUUCUUGAUAUGACUGAGGAUGAGGCUUACUUCCACAGGAAGCAGAGUGCCUUCCUCUAUCAACUUGCAGUCCAGACGAUGCCCAAAAGUAUUCACUGUUUAUCAAUGAGAUUAACUGUGGAGUUUUUCAAAACCGAACCACCUGAUGAGGAGCCCUUUCUAACCAACGGAUAUGAUGGGCCAUCAGACUCAUACCAUUAUGUCAUUUUCUCCAACAAUAUACUUGCUUCAUCUGUUGUUAUCAACUCAACUGUCGCGCAUGCCAAGGAAAGUGUGAAACUGGUUUUCCAUAUAAUAACAGAUGGGCAGAAUUAUGUUGCCAUGAGACAAUGGUUUUCAAGAAGCCCUUAUGCAUUUGCCACCGUUCACAUCCAAAACAUAGAAGACCUGAAUCUUGAUUCCUUUGGAAGUUCAGAGCCUCCCCAUCUCUCAUCGUCUGAGGAGUUCCGAGUUUCCAUUCUUCGAGGAGGCUCAUCCUCCUUGUCUCCAAUGAGACCCAGAUAUUUGUCUCUAUUCAGCCAUACCCACUUUUAUCUUCCCCAGAUAUUCCCUGACCUGCCGAAGGUGGUAGUUUUGGGUGAUGAUGUGGUUGUCCAGAGAGACCUCUCAGCUUUAUGGAACCUCAAUUUGGGAGGGAAAGUUAUGGGUGCUGUGGACUACUGCCAAGUGAGGCUUGGUACCCUGAAGGGUUUCCUCGGUUCCAGUCAAUUUGAUGACAAUGCAUGUGCUUGGAUUUCGGGAUUGAACAUAAUUGAUUUGGAGAGGUGGAGGGAGCAAAAUCUCACAGGGACUUAUAGAAGGUGGCUUCAAUCGCAGAGUGGGAAGGGGCCGGGGUGGAGGGCUGGGGCAUUACCUGCAAGUUUAAUCACAUUCUAUGACAUGACUUACAGUCUUGACAAUUCAUGGCUUGUUUCUGGGUUAGGGCAUGACUAUGGGAUUGACAAAGAAGUCAUAAAGAGAUCAGCUGUGUUGCAUUACAAUGGCAUCAUGAAGCCAUGGCUGGAGCUGGCCAUUCCAAGCUACAAAAGGUAUUGGAGAAAGUAUUUGAAGCGAGACGAGCAGUUCAUGAAUGAGUGUAAUGUCAACCGAUAACGGAUGAGAGGAAGGGGAGAGUGAAGUGAGAGAGGGAGAGAGGUAGAUGGUGCAUGGGCAAAUUGCCUGCCAGAUACCACAUUUUCAUGUAUUCUUUUUUCCCAGAUCAGGAGAUCUGGUUCAAUUCAAUUUUAUUCUUGAGAGGAAAAGAGGAGAUGCCUCCAUAAUAAAGGGCCAUUAUUGGUAUCAUCUUUGUGCUUGAAGAGAAGAUUCAGAGGGUGGUUCAUUGCAACGUAGCUGCGUGCUGCUGAGUUGAAAAAAGGUCCUUGACACAAAAGAUUUGAAAUGGAAUGGAUGGUUGCUCCUUUCUCGUUUUGUUGCUUUGGCAGCAAUGUAAAACAAAAACUGUAUAGAGGUAGGUAAACCUUGCCUGGUUAAAACUGGCAAUGCGGAUGAAUAGGGAUGUCUUUCUAUGAUGUAUGAACGGGUUGGUAUUAUUAGCAUUUGCAACUCCAGGGGAAUCGCCUUUGUUCUCCUGCUGGAAGGACUCCUGUUGAUGACUUUGUUUCUUGAUUGAUUGGUUUUAACAUGUGAGUGCAAUUCUUUGUUUCUUGAUU